AUGUCAGCUUUCAAAGGCUCGCAGAUGAACCCAGCUCCCGACCGGGACCCGGCUCGUUUUGGCGAAAUUCCAGGUUUCCCCGUUGGGUCUAGGUGGCCUGGCCGACGUCAGCUAUGCGACGAUGGGGUUCACGCAAUGUUGACCGGCGGUAUUCAUGGUCGAGCGCACGAGGGCGCGUUCUCGGUUGUCCUAUCCGGAGGCUACGAGGAUGACGUCGAUCUCGGGGAAGAAUUUACAUACACUGGCUCAGGUGGUCAAGCAAAGCGCGAGGAUGGCGCAAAAUGGGAUAACAAGCAGGUCACGGACCAGGAGUGGGUGCGCGGCAACCUCGCACUUCAGACGUCUCACCGCACGCAAAAGCCUGUUCGUGUCAUUCGCGGCUAUAAACUGAAAUCUGAAUUCGCGCCUGUUGAAGGUUAUCGCUAUGAUGGACUCUACACCGUCGUCGAGGCUGACCAAAAACCUGGCAAGAGCGGGCACAAUGUCUGCCUCUUCCGGUUCAAGCGAUGUCCUGGACAGCUGCCUCUACCAUUUGAUGUUGCAACAUUGCCCAUGCGACGCGAAAGGCCUCUUACAUUGCACAGAUCUGCCGGGCCGGUGGCAUCUACAUCUCGACUCGAGUCACCUGACCGUGUUGCGUCCUCAUCAACUUCCACUCCGAAGGCACUAACAAAGUCCAGUGUGAAUAAUAGUGCAAGAAAAGGGUUGUCUGGAAUGCCAGCUAGAUAUAAGAUACCAAAAAUCAGGCCUGAGCCCAGUAUUGCAAAUUAUAAGUCAGCUAGGCCACUGUCUAGUUUUCAUGCAGGAACUACUGUGUCAGUAGAGUCCAUGGUGAAGCCAGAACCAGAGGAAGAAGAGAUGGAGACACCUCAGAUUGCAGUUACAGAGGAGCCUCCUGAAAGUGAUGAAGAAUUGCCUGUAACAGAUUCUCAAAAGCAACAAGAGGAAGAGGAAGAAUAUGAUGAUGAUGAUAUGUAUGUGAAAGAUGAGGAGAUAGAUCAACUGCUUUCCAAUCAAGAUGGAAUUCCAAUAGAAAGCAGUGAGGUUAAUGGAAAAAAUCUGGAAGCUUCUGAAGACCUUGAAGAAGGUGAAAUUGCCAGCACUAAACAGUGA